CAGGCCUCAUAAUUUUCUCGUGGAGGCCCAUUAAAGAUCUCCUCUUCUUCUUCUUCCUCUUUCGUCUCCCUCCACCCAAAACCCUAGCCGCUCGGCUCGCGCGUCCAAACCCUAGCUAGCUAUCGAGGAGGAGGAGGAGGAGCAUGGGGGGAUCGCGCCGCAAGCUCAAGCGCUCCCGCGCCCAGGUGAAGGUGGGCCUGCCGCGCAAGAAGCCGCGGGAGUUCAAGCCGGCCUUCGACCUGCCCGAGGCGCUCGCCGCCGCCGCCGCGGCCGAGGGCGGCGGCCACGCGCCGAGCUGGGACGCGGAGGGAAGCGUGGUGAAGAACUACGCCGCGUUCGGGGUCGUCGCGAACCCGAACCUCCUCGGCGCGCACGCCCGCGGCACGCCGCGCCUCGUCCAGAGCGCGCCGCUCCAGGCGCCCGACAUCGACGCGGCGCGCGCCCCCGUUGACGAGUUCGAGCCCGUCGACUCCGGCAGCGACCUCGAGUCCGACGAUCUGAAAUCUGCACUUGGAAAGCAGAGGCGGGAUGGGAAAUCUGCACCUUUGGAACCACUGACAAAAGUUCAACGGAUUUAUAUUGGCAGAUUAAUAGAGAAGCAUGGUGAUGACUACAAGGCCAUGUUCAUGGAUAUCAAGCUGAACACGAUGCAACACUCGGUUGGUACCCUGAAAAAGCUAUGUGAAAGAUACCAUGUUGUUGGCAAGAGCAUCAUCCAUCCUCUGAAGUAGUAUCAUACGAGUGUUUAGGAUUCUCUUUCACUGUGUACCGUAUUCCUCUUGCUCCCACUAAUGGGAAGAAAAUUUUGCCUAUGAAAAUUGGUGUAUGCAUUACUGUACUACUGUGGUUUGAGAUUACUAUCAGAGAAGAUGGCGUGCGCUCUGUACCUCGAGGAAAAUCAUGAAAGUCGUAACUAAUUCAGAAUUGUUCUGUACUCUUUUGCUUGGGGUCGUGUGAAUUCAGCUGAUAUGAUUGCCAUGAUUACUAGCAACUUAUAAUUUGCUGGCACCAACAACUUACCCUGU